CGUCGUUAGUUUUGAGACGUCAUUAAUUUUAUUGACGUCGUUAAGUUGGUUAACGACGUCGUAACAAGCCUUGAAAUCUGAUUGGUCGUUUUGUUAAACUAAGUCUUCUUUAUUGGCUGGGAAAAAGAUCCGAUUCAGGCAAAAAACGGUGCGAUUCGAGACUAAAUCACACCGAUGAGAGCCAAUCAUAUUCCAAGGAUCACCAGUGAUUUCAAAAUAGAUGUCAUUAUAUUUAAUUUUUGACGCGUCUUGGUGAUAGAUGUAGAAGCGGUUACUAGCAGUUAGAUUUUGGUACUAAAUUUUUUGGUACUAAAUUCUAAAUCUUGAAAAGGGGUGUAAAGUGCUUAGAACAGCAAUGUAUCGGCGCCAUAGAGGUUAUGUUAUUAUUAUUAUUAUUAUUAUUAUUUUCAUUUAUCAUGCCAUCAUAGCAUUUAAGAAGUCUCUAAUAUCAGUAAGAACUUAAAUUUUUUGGCGAUUUCAUAAGUUUUUAUUGCGAUUUACAGCUUAUGACGUCUGUACUUUAAACAGAGUCGUUAAGUUUGUAAACGUUUGUUAAAGUUAAAGACGCUGUUAAUUUUAAGACGUUAUUAAUUUUACUCUGGAGUAUACUUAGUAUUUUACUCAGCCAAAUAGACCCCUAACAAUACCGCGGUUCCCUCUUGAUUUUCGUAUCUAUCUUUCUCGCACCUAUUCCCCCAGAUAUGUUGUAAGCCAGAAACAUGACGUAACUGGCAGCUAUCUCUGUUUUUAAGACAUUAAGGUCUGGAUACACCAAUAAAUGAAUUAAGGCCCUCCUGAAAAAGAUUCUAGGGUUCGAUUCUACAGUACUUCCUUUCCCAGUUGUCAAUUCGUUCUCUUAGCGCGCGCGACAAAAUUGACGCGCGCGACAUUAAGAUAAACGUCACAUUCAGGAAUGACUCGUCAUAAAGGAAAACCGGAUCAUCAAUUGGAAAGCAUCGUUUGCAGAGAAGAGACGUGUUGCACGUUUGACCGAAGAAAAAUAAUCAGCUUUUAGAGGUUACUAGAGUUGUUGCUUCGAAUAUUGGUUGACAAGGAUUUUUUUGCCCUAUACAAGGUGAGGAAACGAACAGUACAUUUGUGAUUAAAAGUAGAAAUGAUCAGAUCUUUCAUUGCUCAUUCGCUGGAAGUUUGUACUCAAAGGAGCGAGUUUUUUUUUACCACAGGAGGGAUGAAAGUUACGAUCGUUUUAAUCUGUUUUUUGUUGGCAACGGCAAGUCCCACUGGAGAGCGGAGUGCUAAGUUCAGCCACUCCCUACCCAGUCACGCUAGGUAUCUGACGCAUCUGACAACAGCCAGUGAUUUCCUGUUUCCUACAAUAUUUACUGUUUUUGGAAGUCUUCUGGCAUUGUCACUGGUAGCAGUACACACAAAAAGUUAUGUUUGGCUUCGAAAUGACAAAGUUGAGAAGAAUGGCGCCCGUUUGGAUUUCUCACCUGGUCCCGUUACCCCUCUUUACGUCCAUCGUGUCACGCAAGAAAGAAUGCAAUCAGCCGCUAAACGCCCUGUCACACAAGUCAAUAGGCUCCCAGCGAGCUCAGCGAGCACUGUUAAGGAGGCUACUGAAGGUGACGGUCAUGAACUGUGGAAGAAACGGCGACAAAUGCUGCGCGAGAAAAGAAAAGAGAGACGUGCAAAGGGACCGCUCAUUGAUCCCGAGGUACUGAAAAGAAUCAACCAGGAGUGGCAGUUGAUUUACGGGUUCACAAACAGAGAUCUAUUCCACAUUGAAAACGAGUUAGAAAAUACGGUUGCCAAGAUUCGCUCUGUUUAUUCUAAGAAAGACAAGGCUAUCAAAUUUGACGAUUCCGUUCACGUUAUGUUUGUCGAGAAAGAAAACAAAGGACGUCGGGUGAAGAGAUCGCGAAAAAUGGAAAAACAUGCCACGAAAUGUGACACAGAAUCUCAUUCAGCAGCUUAUAUUCAGUUUAUUGUUUGAGGACUGCAGAUAAGACAAAUAAAUAUAUAUAAAUUGUAUAUUUACAAUAACUCUACCAUUUUAAUUGUAGAAUCAGACACAAUAAAACUUAGAUGUGACUUCAA